UCGACCAGGCCUCACAGUAACUUUCCGUCAAUCUCAAUUUCAAUAUCACCCAUCUCUGUCUGACUCAGUUUCCAGAUGAGACCACCCUUAUUUCUAUGUUAGAAAUUGAGAGGUGCUGUCCCUUUACGCAACGAGAGACCACAACCACCGACCUUUCUCUAAUUUCUUACGCCACUCGAUCGACAACCAGCCAAUGCGCCGUACCCAUUGGGAAUUCAUGAACUGCAUGCUGCAUCCAUGAUUUCUCCUUGAUUUGGUCCGUGAGCUUUCUCCCUCUCUUUCUCGCUCUGAAAACACAUGUACCGCCAAGACGCAUCCAUGGCGGCCCUUCAUCCUCACAUGCCACCAAAAACCAUAUAAAAAGGUCACUAUCUCCAUACCUUUCGUCUUCAAUCCUGCUUUCUAUCCUCUCCCAGCAAUCUUUAUUACUCUAUUUAAAUCCGUCCAUCGACAAUUCGAUCGCCAGCUCCAUCCAUCUUAAACUAGAAGAAGUUCAUGAAUAAUUGUUCUCGAUCUCAUACUAGCUCUCUUUUCGGUUCAAUCCUCAAAAGAAGCACCUGAGUUUCCUUCUCUGUUCAUUUCUCUGAUGAUCUUACCUUCAGAGUCAGACAUAUAUGAUCAAAUUAUUCUCGUGUUGUUUGGAUUAUCAUAAUCGUAGUAGCUGAAUACCUUUAGAGUCAGAUAUCGAUCAAAGCCCUCUUUUUUGCUCUCGAUCUGUUGCUUGCUUAUCUACUUAAUUAAUUACCUAUGCAUGAUGCAAUAUUUCACUAGUGCACCGGUACUGCCUCCUGCUCCUUUGCUUCCCAAUGGCGACGGGAUAGUCUUCUACUCCGACGACGACGACGAAGCGGCCUCCUCCUCAUCGAAGCCGCAUAGCUGCUUGCAGUACUUGCCGCAGCAUCACUCGUGGCCUUGGCUGCCUGGCCUCGUCUCCUCCUCCUCCUCCUCCUCGCCGAAGCCGGAUAUCGGUGUUGGAGGAGGCAGCAUAAGCAGCGCCGGCUGCAUGGAGCAACUGCUGGUGCAUUGCGCCACCGCCAUCGAGGCCAACGAUGCCACCCUGGCCCAACAGAUCAUCUGGGUUCUCAACAACAUAGCUCCCUCCGACGGCGACUCCGAUCAGCGCCUCGCCUCCGCCUUCCUCCGCGCCCUCAUCGUCCGCGCUUCCAAGACCGGUUCCUGCGAGAAUAUGCUCGUCGCUGCGGCCGCCGGCGGCACCAACCUCGCCCUCUAUCUCCACCGCUUCUCCGCCGUUGACCUGGCCAGCUUCAUCGAUCUCACCCCUUGGCACCGCUUCGGCUUCGCCGCCGCCAACACCGCCAUAGCCGAGGCCGUCGAGGGGCUGCCGGCGGUCCACCUCGUCGAUCUCGGGACCACUCACUGCAUGCAGAUGCCGACGCUCAUCGACCUGCUGGCCAAACGGCCCGAGGGCCCUCCUCUGCUACGCCUCACCGUGCCGGCCCUCACCGCGACGGCUGCGCCGCCUUUGCUCGACAUGUCGUACGACGAGCUCGGCGCGCGGCUGGUCAACUUCGCACGGUCGAGGAACAUCCAGAUGGAGUUCCUGGCGGUCCCCUCCGAUCCGACCGAAGCGUUCGCCACGCUGAUGGAGCAAGUGAGAGUCCGGCGACUAGUCACGCAAGGGGAAGCUGUCAUCGUGAAUUGCCACAUGAUGCUGCACUGCAUCCCCGAGGAGACGGCGGCCGCCGUGCUCAGCUCCCCCUCGCCGACGCUGUCUCCGCGGAGCACGUUCCUGAAGACGCUCCGAGGGCUAGAACCCACGCUGGUGACCGUCGUCGACGAGGACGCGGACCUGACGCCGUGCGACCUCAUGAGGCGGCUGCGCGCCGCGUUCAACUACCUGUGGAUACCGUACGACGCGGUGGAGACGUGCGUCGGGAAGGGCAGCGAGCAGAGGCGGUGGUACGAGGGAGGGGUGUGCUGGAAGAUCGAGAACGUGAUCGCGCAGGAGGGGACACAGAGGGUGGAGCGGCAGGAGACGAAGGGGAGGUGGGCGGGGAGGAUGCGGGCGGCAGGGUUCCGGUCGGUGGGUCUGACGGAGGAGGCCGCGGCGGAAGUGAGAGGGAUGCUGGACGAGCACGCCGCCGGCUGGGGAAUGAAGAGGGACGACGACCAUGAUCUCACGCUCACAUGGAAGGGCCACAACGUUGUGUUUGCCACAGCUUGGAUUCCGGCGCCAUGAUCAAGCCAAAGUGCUAAACUCUUAAUUAUAUUCUUCAUUUGCUGCUGCUUUGCCAUUACUGAUUAAUCAGUUAUUAAUCUGUAUUACUGAAAGAACAUGAAAGAUCCAUCCAUCAUUCAUAUA